AUCUACACCUCAUCUUCUUCAGCUUGUAAGAAACAACGAGGUGUCAGCAACAAGCUCUUUGGCCACGACCUUCGGGCUCAUCUCUAGUUUAUUUCUGAGGUAACAAAGCUCCAACAACCUGAGAGGGAACAUGAAGAUAUUCCAACUGAUGUUGGUGAUGACUCUCGGGCUGGCAGUCCUGUGUGACACACCCGAAGACCAAGAGGAAAUAGGCCUACUUUCCGAGCCGGUUUUGGAGUUAGCAAGAUGCUCUGUUGAUGGCUUCAAGGACUGGUACGUGGUGGGGUCAUUCUGCGCCAAGCAUUUUACCCAGAAACACUCCUUUCCGGACGCAGAGAAAGCGUGCAGGGCAAAGCAUCCCCGCGGUCACCUCAUAUCUCUUCAUGAUGGCACCAUGAACAAUGAUGUGAAAGCCCUUACGCGCUCCCAAGCUUGGAUAGGAGGAUACAAGUUGGACUGUGGCAGAGACUGGAUUUGGACUGACGGCUCCAAGUGGUGUUACCAGAACUGGGUUCCAGGAGAGCCUAACAACAGUGGGAGAUGCGCUCACAUCAACUGGCACACUCAUGGCAAGUUUGAUGAUACAAGGUGCUGUAAUAGGAAAACCUUUAUCUGUGCUUUCCCGCUUGCCCAGUAAGAGACGGGGCUGCAUCUAGCCUACGCACUGUGGAGACAUGUGGUACAUGGAUGUAUUCUGCCCUUUUCUGAAUUAAGGGCAUGGUAUGUUAUUACGGCUCCGUGUACUGUGAGCAUAUCCUCUGCCCAUCUGUCUGUUCAGUUUCUUCUAAGUUUCUUCUAAAAGCAUGAUACAAAAGAAUAAAAAAUAUUAUGAGCA